CCCUCCCUCCCCCUUCGCCUGCUCCUCCUGAUCCUUCUCUGAAUUCCGAGUUUCCUCGAAGAGAAUUCCUGCUCCAUCUCCUCCUCCUCCUCCUCUUCCUUCCUCAUCCUCCCGCGAAUCUCUCUUGACCGAGACGUGCCCAUUAUACCCUCAUAUCCUUUUAUCCUCUGGUACAGUAGGAUCAUCGUGUACAUCCUAUUCCGCCUUCGGUGACAGAAGGAUAUCCUGUGAAGACGCAAAAGUCAGUGGCCCUCCUCGCGGAGAGUUCGAGUCUCGUAAUUCGGAGAAGCGGGUCUCAGGGUCUCCGUGUGACGUCGCCGUCGUUUUCCACCGUGUUCAGUCGUGCUGUCGUUCUAUGGUGCUUGGCAGAAAUCUCGAUUGGAUUUGUGUAGUUUCUGUGUGGUGCUUGUCCCUCCUCUGUGCUGACUCUUAGUUUGGUGUUGUGAGUGUGAGUGUAUAAGGAUCAAAGAUAUUUUACCGCAAGCCUGAAAAAGUAUUAUCGUCUUUUGAAAAGUUUCUGAACUCAAAGGUGAAUGGGAAAGAAUCUCGAGCACUACCUCGCUCACGUCUUCUCCGUGAAGAGAACGCCCUCGACAGUGGUUCCUCGUGAACGUCGACCAAAUAGGCUCUGUAAAAAGCGACUGCAGCUCCAUUCCAAGAGGAGAAAAAUUCAAACAAGAACAAGGUUAAAAAACAUCGUGUGAAUUCGGCCCCGUUGCAGCACCUUUUUCAGUCCCUGUUUGCAGUUAUCACGUGACUGGAACGACACGCAAACGACGUCUCACUCUCGAAAAGCAGAAGAGGAAACCGAAUUUUCUGUCGCUCAACGUCCUUCUCUCUGUCACUCGAAAAAGAAAGAGAGACAAGAAGACUCGUGUUGCAACAGCCUCUAUAUCUUUUGAAAACGCAUCUUCACUCUCAACGCCUUCGGUUCUUUUUCCUCCAAACCCAUAUAAUUGGAGAACAAAACCCCUCUCUCCUCCCGCCGCGCAGAAAAAAAACAAACCUCUGCGGUGGGUGUUUUAUUCCGGAAAUUCUAAGGUGAUUUUAUGACGAGUGAAUUAGCUUUAUUAAAAAAAACAAGAAAGCCACAGAGUAUAUCGAUGUUGUUAAUGAAGCAUAUUAAGGUGAAAUUAAGAUAAAUAAUAGAAAAGGAGAUCCAGACCACUUAAAUACUGCCCGCAACCCCUCCCGGUCUCCCUCGCCGCCACCAAUUACCACGUCAUCAUCUCUUAAUCGAGGAAGCAGCGGUUAGCGAGAUUGUAAAACUUUAUAGCCGAGCUGCGUUAGCAUUUACUUGAACGUUCAAAGUUCAAUUUAUCCUGAAACCAACACAGGAAAGCAAUUUCGAAAGCGUACGUGUGUCCUUCGUAUAACUGACGCAAAACACCUUCACCUUGAGGAGAUCACCAGCUACUGUUUAUACUCCAAAACACGUGUUACGUCACCGAGCGCAGAGAUCCUGUCAUAGGAUACAGUUGUCAGGGUAUGAACGAACGAUAGUGCAUGUGUUAACAAGCUGUGUAUCUGGGAAAACAGUGUCAGGCAUAACAACGCAUGCUUUCCCUGAUUACGCUUAUCCUACUUUUUUAUGCGUCAGUCGUCCAUUGAUUCGCCAGUGUAAACAGGUCACACGGCCUGCCCUUACCGUUGCCACACGCCGCCAGUGGAGUCAUCUUACCUACGCUCUUUGCCUACCUAGAGUUUUGAUUUUUUGAAACCUUUCAAGGCUCGCAAAUACAAAAUGUGUUUCCUUGUUCGUUUUUGAUUUUGAUUUUGUCCUGCUCUAUCAUUUGAAAGCGACUGGAAAUUUCCUGCGAGAGUGAUAGCCAAGGGCCGGAAUUGUGGAGUGGCAUUCAAGCGCGAGAAAAAUAUAGGAAGCUAAAUACUGAGACUCGAAUACCUUGUCAAUCAAAGCUGUCUUUUUUCUCCUCAGAUCUCUCGACUACCAUCGGCACCUGCCACCUGCACCUGUCCCAGUUGCACAAGAAUCAAUCCAAAUCAAAAUUCUACGAAAAAGUAUCGGCUAGAAGGAAAGAAUUAUCCUGCAGAAUAAAGAAUCAAGGCAUGACUUACGUAUGAAUCCCGAAGAGCUUUUUGUGCUAAGAAUCGGCGAUCAAUCUGCGAUUAUCGGCGGUACCUGAGCAUCGUGUGACACGACAGGCCCAAGGGAUGCAGGCUCGCCCCGUGCGUAUCUAGGGCAAGGGCUUGCAUGUGCGUGUGUGCACGUCAGUGUGUGUGAGUGUGUGUGUGUGUGGCAUCGAUCUGAAUGAACGAAGCAUACACAGCUGCCUUCGAGCUCCGCCAACACGACAGUCGGGCAAACCUUUUUUCGUCCCAGUCGUUUUUUAUUUGAGACUGCAAUAAGUCACUCUUCUGAAAAAUUGCAGGGGAUCUGAGCGCGUUUCCGUAGGGUGCUUAUUAAAGUUACGUCUUGUCAGAGGUUACCCUUGAACCAAUUACUGAGCGCCCGCGACGCUGAAUACGCUCCGUUUUGCACUGCUUCUCCUGUAUUCGUGUUGAUUACUCCUAUAGAUUUGAAAGAAAACUUCAUCAAGAAACUAUCUCUGGCUGAACUACCCCCCCCCCCACACACACACAAAGAAAGAAAUCGAAAACAAGUAAACAAACCCCCUCAGCAGGAAGUAGAAGCUUGGAAGCGGCGCGCGGCGUUGGCACCCCAGCGUGUAGGGUGUCAUCUCGGUCAGGCAGCAGGAGUGCCAGGACGCGCGUCUCCGGGAUCACGAACACCUCGACCUAUAUAAGAAGGAAGUCUGAGGCGGCCGGGAACCACUCUAGGUCAAGUCUGCCCCGGGCGAGGGUCAGGAGUUCGUGCGAGCGCGUGGCGGACGUCGCUUGAGUGGGGCAUUUCUGGACGGCUUUUCUCGAAGGAGCUCGACUCUGUCUAAAAAAGAAGCCAUUUCUAUCUGCUAGAAGAGUUAUUUAAGCUGAAGACUGUUAAUUUAUCCUAUUUCUAUCUGUUCAAAUUUGUGAUGUUCUGCAUCGGCCUCGUGACUUUUACAAAUUUAUUAUUGUAAUCUCCCAUAAUAUAUUUCAAGCGUGCUGCUAUUGAGCUAAAUUAUUCCCAAAGCCACCCAAGAUUUUGAAAGACCAACUUAAAGUAAUGCAAUUCGUAAUACGUGAGUUCUGUGGACGUCUUGAUUCAUUGAAAGCAACACAGUCUCCAUCAUCGAUUUAGCUCGGAUUAUUAAUCACAAUAUUAAGAAAAAAUUGUAACUGCUGGAUUCUGAAUCAAAUGAAGGUUAGCGACGUAUAAGGAAUGGUGUUUAUCAUAAACAAACACCAAAUGGAAUACUAAUUACAAGUGAAAGUGGGAGAAGUCUUUCUUAAGAUCAAGUAAACCAUCGGAUCCUCAACUAUACAAUCAUCAGGAUUAAUACACUGCAUCUCGCAGUAACUAAAAACGCAAGUGCAUCCAGCAAGUUGAACCCGAGCGCCCGCUGCCUCGUCCCGCACCACCUUUCUGACUACGCAAGACUCGCCAGGUUGGGCGGACGCCAGACCCCAGCUGGUGCUCGGCUCGCAGUACAACGUUCGCUGGCACGGCCUCGGGUUGGUCGCUCUCUCUGGGCCGCGCGGCAACGUUUGUUUACAUCUCGCUCCCUCCGACGUCUGGAGACUCGGCUGCACACGCGAGGUCUUUCUUGUGAGAAACGUUGGCGGUUUGUCAGGCACUCACGGAUGUUUGUGUGAACUGUUUGUUAUUUAUACUGAGUACAGUGUUUGUGGAUUGUCUUGUAUUUAUCGAAUGAAAGCGAGAGUAUAUUCGUUGUAUGUGAAGAAUUAUUAUUCAUCUCAUCGUUGUUGACUGUCUUGAGGAGAAUCAAAUCGAAAAGUGAAAUAUUUGUUGGAACGACAAGAAUAACGGUGGAAUUAGACGACAGUGAACCACGGGACUUAUUAGCCUGCCUCUAACGUCUUAAUUGAGACAGUCUUCUUCUUGCCAGGGCCUGGUCAGGGGGCACACCCAAAAACCCAGUCCCUCUUGGACAAUCGCACACUUGUCUGGAGGAAAGACGCUUCCUUUUGUCGAGAUAGCACGCGUUCACACCCUUGUACGCGGUUGUCCCGUCAGUUUGCAUAAGGUUUUUAAGUCUGUCCCUCUACUCCGCGAAGUCCGCAGUUCCUGAUUCUUCGUGACACCCCUUUGGCACCUGCAAGAUGGUGCUCCAAAAUCUCAAGUUGUAUCGCCUGCAGAGGCUCAACACGUUCCAGCGUCUCAACUCCAUCACUAUCCAGGACCCCAUCCCGGAGCAUAAAGAAAGAUGUUGCAUAUACCACAGCGGAAAUAUCAGAUGUUGCAUUUACCACGAAGAAACAGAAGACGGAUGUGAAAGCGACAGCGGGUACUCCGGUGGAGCGUCGGGCACCAGUAGCGCCAGCAGUAGCGUGAGCAGCAGUCGCUCGAGCAGCCGCAAAAGUUCGGCCUCCAGCUUCUGCUCCUCAAGGAAGAGCUCGACGUCAAGCAUCUGCUCCUCCAGGAAGAGCUCAGCCUCGAGCGUUGGGGGCCCGCCCUCUCCCGACGCCAUCGCCGCCGCCAUGAGCGUGCCUGACGUGGCUCUCAACAAUAACAACAACAACAACACUACCAUCCCCGAGGGCACCAAGCCCGACCCUUCAGACGACGACCUCAAGUUACUCGCCGCGCUGGAGGAAGCAAACAGGUUGAUCGAGUCCGACUCGAAAUCCCUCAAUUCCCUCUCGACGCAGUCCGUCGGCUCCGCCCCAGGCGCCGGCCACUCCCGCAAGUCCUCAGACACGUCUCAGAUUUCGGUGGCUUCUGGGGGUUCGGGGGGAUCCUCUGGUGGGGGUUCCACUGGCGGGGGUUCCACUGGCGGGACGGCAUCGCAAGACCCAGAAGAGGACCUCUGGGGGCAGUGGGGUCGGCUGGUCAACGACUGGGAGACAUGGCAGAAGAAGAAGAGUCUGCAGCUCAAGGAGCUGGUCCGCAAGGGCAUCCCUCACCAUUUCCGAGGAAUAACAUGGCAGCUCCUCUGCUCGGCACAUAACUCGCCAGAAAAGGGCAAAUAUGCAGAAUAUCUUAGAACUACAUCUGCUUGCGAGAAGGUAAUCAGGCGAGAUAUUGCUCGGACGUACCCAGAGCAUGACUUCUUCAAAGAAAAGGACGGCUUAGGCCAGGAGAGUCUGUUUAACGUCAUGAAGGCGUAUUCUCUACAUGACCGGGAAGUCGGCUACUGCCAGGGAUCAGCCUUCAUUGUAGGGCUUUUACUUAUGCAGAUGCCGGAAGAGGAAGCAUUUGCUGUUCUUGUGAAGCUUAUGCAGGACUACAGGAUGCGUGAAAUGUUUAAGCCCUCAAUGGCGGAGUUAGGCCUGUGCAUGUACCAGCUGGAGUGCCUCAUACAAGAACAUCUGCCAGAUCUUCAUGCUCACUUCACCUCUCAGAGCUUCCACACAUCUAUGUAUGCCUCAUCUUGGUUCUUGACACUGUUUUCAACAACACUCCCUCAGCCACUGGCUUGCCGUGUAAUGGACAGUUUCCUAGUAGAUGGCAUUGAAGUUAUAUUCAGGAUAGCCUUAGCUUGCUUAACUUUAGGCAAGGAGGACCUGUUCUGUAUGGAUAUGGAGGGCAUGCUCAAGUAUUUCCAACGAGACCUACCUGCCAAAUUUGAGGCUGAUCCAGAAACCUACUUUUCACUAGCUUAUUCCCUACGUUAUAAUCCUAAGAAGAUGAAGAAGAUGGAGAAAGAAUAUACAGCUAUGAAAACCAAAGAGCAAGAAGAGUUAGUAGAAUUAAAGAGAUUAAGAACAGAGAACAGACUUCUCAGGCAAAGAAUAGACUGCCUGGAGGCUGAAUCAUCAGCUCUAGCAGACAGACUGAUUCAAGGCCAAGUUUCCCGUGCAGAAGAAGCAGAACACAACUUUGCCAUUAAGCGUGAACUAGCAGCUCUAAGACAGCAUGAUGGAGAGACCAUGGAACACUUAAGAGAUGCUCGGGACAAGAUCAGAAAGCUCACAGGAAUGAUAGAGGAGAAUUAUUCUUCUCAUGAAUCAUCAAUGGCAGAACUUAUGAUAAAGGAGGAAGAACUUACUCAGAAAGAAGAACUUGUUAAGUGUUUGCAGGAAGAGCUUGUGCAGGUGAGACUAAAGACAGCUGAGGCAGAGGCAACCAUUCGCGACCUUCGAGCCAGAAUCCAAGAGCUGGAGGAGGAACAGAAGAAGCUGAGGGAAGCCACUCCUGACCACUCAGUGGCCCACUUGCAGGAGGAGCUGAUUGCUGUGCGAUUAAGGGAGGCUGAAGCCAAUCUUGCCCUUAAGGAUUUGAGACACAGAGUUCAGGAACUCACACAGCUGUGGACAAAGCAUGUGCAGGAUCAACAUGGCGAUAAGAGUGAAGCUGCCAAGGCUGAUGCUACAAGCACACCAAGCAAGAAAUUGGGUGGUCUCUUCUGGGACCGGUCCAAUGAAGCUGCAAAGCUUGAGGAAGAACUCAUGACAACUAAGCUGCAUGAGACUGCUGCUGUAGCUGAGCUGAAGGAGGCUAGACUAAAGGUUAUGGAGCUUGAAACAGCUGUUCAGGUGUCCACAAACCAAAUGAAGCGUCAGGAGGAAGAGAACAAGCGAUUACAAGAGUCUCUUGACACUGCUGAGGCUACCAUCCGUACCAUGCAGUCACAGCUUGGAGAGCAUAAGAGAAAGUAUACUGACCUUGAGAGCCAGAUGAAGGAGGAGAAGAUGCUGGCAAGAAUUCGUGAAGCUGAGAAGUCUCAAAGCUUAGCGGAACUUACUCAGAAAAUUUCCUCAUUGGAGUAUAAGAACCAAGAGCUGGUAACAGAAGGUGAAGUCUCGCGGGUAAGUGGGAGCGAGAGUGACCAAGUACCCCGCCUUCAGGACAAAGUUGCUGAACUCAAAUCAGAGAUUGCCCGACUGACCGCUAUCAACCGCCGUCUCACACGCACUGUAAGCAUGCAAAGACUGGACAUUGUAAGCGGUCCUGAGUCAGAUGCUGAAGACACAGAAGAUCUGAGAUUAAACUUGGAUGAGGUAGAGUCAUUGCCAAAGAGAGACUCAGUUACAAGGGAAGAAAAUGGACACAUUGAUUACCUAUGCGAAGAAGGCAGAGUGAGAAUACCUUCCGUAACAAGUGACAGAUCGACUCCCUCUCCAACUAGGGAGACUGUGGGCAGAAAAAAGUCCCAGACGCUUGCUGAUGCUUUCCUUGAGCAGUUGCCAGAAGUGAGAAACUGUGACGAUGCAUAUCAGAAUGGUUCUGCGACUCACGAGGAGAGAGAAGCAUGCUAGUGAUUACUCUGACUUCUUUGUUGGGAUCAGGAUUAGAUAAAAGCCUGAUUGCUAGUGAUAUGCUACUGAUGGAGUGGACAGCUUUAAACCAUAACUUAGAUAUAAGAAACCCACUUUUUAUUAAUGUACAUAAAGUUAGGGAAGGAGAGUCAUAUAAUGAAACCAGUAGUCAUUGAAUUGUAUUUGAAAUCAUUUUAAUUUAAGACAUCACAACUAGUCCUGGCUAUAGGACACUAAAUUACUACAGUUGCCAUGUAUUCUGUAGGAUAUUUGGCGACCUUAAAGACUAGUUCAUCCAUAUAAUCCCGUGGACCAUGUCAAUUAAGUGUGCAUUUAUGGAUGUCUUUAUACUUUCAUAUUUAUGAGGUAAUUCUGUGAAUUAAGUAUGAUAACAUGGGACAUUAUCAUUUCUAUCUUUUGGUAGGAAGUGUUUAGUAAUCAAGUAUGUACUAGCCACUUUCCCCCAUACAUGUUGGGUAUUUUUGACAAGUGGAUUUAAAAUCAAAUCAUCUUAGAAGGGUAUCCAGGAAUGCCAAUGUAUGAAUUAAAGCCUUGGACUCCAUCCCUACCAAUGAGUCAGUGGUAAUGUUUCCCAGAUAGGUCCCCUUCCAGCAGGCCAGCAGGUCUUGGCUAGUCACAGGACUCAGGAUGGCUUGGGCCAAGACAUUAGUGGAAAAUGGUGCAACUUAAUUACAUCUGACAGUGUGAGCGUUCAUUUCUUAUUGUAAUAUAAAUAUUAGAUGCAAGUCAGGAACGUUGACACAACUCUUGGGGAUUCAUAUUAAUGCCAUCGAAUUGUAGAAAUAGUGGUUGGUUUGAACCUGGACUCUUUCUCUAAAUUUGCAUAUUAAUGUGACAAAGACCAAACUGUAGCAAUAGGACAUGCUUCACAAGUAUUUAUAGGCACAAUCAGUGUAAAUCUGUGAUGUUUUCCUUCAACCUUCAACCUCACAUGAGACUGAUGGUUAAUGAAACCAAAACAAAUAUAUUUAUUUACUUAGUUUUCACUUUUUUAUGUACUUACAUUUUGUAUAUAUAUAUACCAGAUAACAGUUCAUUUUAUUAAUUAUUUUAAAAAAUUAUUAUACUAGUA